UCUCUCCCCUCUGCCUCUCCCCCUUUCCCGUCGAUAUUUUCUCUUUAUCUUUUAGCGUAGGAGCAACAACGUAACCAUCUACUUUAAGAAACCCUGCCAGAGGCGCGUCCAAGGCUACUUCGCUGUUGACGGCAUUCCUUGCAUUCCGUAUGUACUUAUACCUUCCUCCAUGUAGAUGCCGAGGGCCCAGAUACGCUGCUGCCAAGCGGACUGACACGGGCCCAGCAGGCUAGCGUUGACAGGGCGCUGGCCUAUGUGCGCGAGCUGCAGGCGACGGUGUUCAAGGACGCGGUGGAAGAGGCAAAGAACAGGCUGAAGGAGCAAUUGCCAGUGGGCACGCUGAACCCUGGGCUGCAGAGCGGCGAGAUAGACGCACGCAACCUGUCAGUGAUGUCGCGCAUAUACGUUGGCUCGAUAAACUUUGAGCUGACCGAGGAGCACAUCCACCGGGUGUUUUCAGAGUUUGGGUCGAUCAGCAACGUCAGCAUGUCCAAGGAUGCGGCGACAGGCAAGCACAAGGGGUACGGGUUCGUCGAGUACGAGAUCCCUGAGGCAGCGGCGCUGGCGAUAGAGACGAUGAACGGCACCAUGCUGGGCGGGCGCCAGCUGCGGAUCGGCCGGCCACACAACUACGAGGUCGCAGUAGUGCACGGGUUUCCAAGGGCACCCGAUACACGCAUCUACGUGGCCAAUGUCAACGAAGCCAUUGCCGAGGACAGCCUGAAGGAGAUCUUUGCGCCGUUCGGCGAGAUCAGGCAGUGCGUGCUGGCGCCAGACUUCGCCACACGGAAGCACCGCGGGUGGGGCUUCAUUGAGUUUGCUGAGGCGGCGGCUGCGGGGCAGGCUGCGCUGGCCAUGAACAAGUUUUCGCUGGGCAACCUGGUCCUGCGCGUGUGCAAGUGCUUGGUGGGCGGGCCGCUGGGCAAGGGCAUGGCGGCGCUGGACGAUGUCAAGAGCCCUGGGACUGCGGGCCAAUCGCCGGCUGUGAAGCCGCCGCAGCAGGUGGUUGAGGUUGCCGCGAGUAUCACAAAAAGCAUCACAAAGGAAUCGUCACCGAUCGUGCUGUUGACUAAUGUGGUCGGCGGGCGAUCGGAGGUCGACGAUGACCUGGCGGCCGAUAUGGCUGAGGAGGGCGAGAAGUGUGGAAAGAUCUUCAAGGUGGUUGUGCAUCUGGCGACGGAACGGGAAAUCAGCGGUAGCCAAUCACAUGCAGGAGACAAUGAGGUCAAGAUAUUCAUCCACUACGCGGAUACUGCAGCCGCCGCUCGGGCUGUGGGGGUCUUUGACCAGCGGUGGUUCGGCGGCCGCCAGAUCUCGGCGCAGCACUACGACCUCGACCGAUACCGCCAAGAGACCAGUGCCGACACCAUGGUAUACAUGCCGUGAGCCUGUCUUUGCCAGAGCUGAGUUCGAAAUACAUCUGGUGAAAAAAUAAAAAUUUUUUAUCGUGUUAUUAGACGCGGAUUUCUUUC